AAUUUUAGUACACGUUCCACUACCGUCUAGCUCACAAAGACGAUAGUUCGCGCGCGAGAUAAUGAUAUCGGGCCAAGAACACCGAAUAAUGUCACAACAUUGAAAAGACAACCCGCAUCGCCAAGAAAUUGUCAGCCGACAGCUGAUACUUGAAGACCUCGUCUUGUGCAUCAGCAGUUUGAUGAUGACGCGCAUCUACCUAGCUCUAGUCCUCUAUUGCGUUUCGAAUUCUGUAUUAAGCGAGCCAACGACGUGGCUGAUGCAGGGCGAUGUAUUCACCGACGAGGAGGCAACGUCCAGGCUCAUCCAGCUGGACAGCCAAAAAUCGUAUUUUCCGGUGAGCACCAGGGCGGAGAUAAACUACAGGGCACGACCAGGCAAGCUCAUCAGCUGCGUGAUCGCCGCGUCCGUUCAUCAGAACGGUCACGUAAGCGUGGUGGAAGGCGGCUAUGGGACCAAGAAGGUCCGGAUACGUUAUAUCACGGAGAAUGGCAAGCCGGACGUCUUCUUCGUUCUCGUGCAAGCCGCGAAGAGGGAAUCAGUAUACGUCGAAGGGGACCUCGCGUGGAGUACGAGAUUGGGCAUCGUUUACGAAUCCAUGAAAAACUGGACAGCCGCGGAGAUACAGGACGCUUUGCGCAAUGUCACUUCCUCUCAACUUCUUCCUGCAUAACGGCACGUGUCGGUCUUUAUUUUUCCAUAUAUAAAUAAUUGUAAAUAUAUCCUUUGUCCUCUCCUUCCGUAAAUAUUUCAGAAGAUUCCUUCGCAAAUCUCAAAAUUUCCAUUUAUUAAGCGCGCAUUCUAAAAAUUGAAUUUAUUAAUGCAAAAUUAUUAUUUUUUUUUUGUUAGCUUAUCAUCAAACUGGAGAAACGUCAAAAAAUAUUUUGCGAUUAACUUGUUUUUUUUUUUAUUUUGUCAAAAAUAUUCUCAAGCAACAUGUAAUAUUUCAAAAGUUUAAUUUAUAUAAAUAAUUAAUGUGCUAAUUAAGUAUAUUUAUGAUAUCUAUUAGAUCGGUUAGGUCAACUAAAGGAACUUGGUAAACAUCGGCGGUUCAAAGAGUUAAAUCUUCCUAUAUAAUUAUCGCCAGCAAGAUGCUCGUUUGUAAUAGAUAGCAUAUCAUCUUGUCUCCUUAUAUUUCUGGCAGAACAGCCAUGUAAUUGCGCACGUCUUUCUAAUGUAAUUACGCACUAGGUAAGAGAUGUGCAUUAGACAUAAAAUAAGACUUCUAAGUGCGAUUUAAUCUUUUUAGGAUAUAUAUUGAAAAAUCGCUUCUUAGAAGUCUCAAUGCAACAAUAUGCAGAAAGAAGUGGACUCUGUCAUUUUAUUUUCCUAACAAAUAAAAUAAUAUAAUUUAUAUCUUAAUAA